GAAGAUGGCGGAGGCGGAGGCGGGGGAUUUCUGGUAGGUCCUAUUUCAGGGCAAGAUGCGGUACUGUUGAAACACCAGUCUGCUUUGAUUCACAGAUAGUUGUCUUUUCAGCUGGGAAGCCUUUUUUUUUUUUUUUUUUUGGCUGGCUGGCUUACCGAACUUAUGAAACCAUGGCAGAAGGAGAGACAGAAUCACCUGGGCCCAAAAAGCGUGGUCCCUAUAUCUCAUCUGUGACUAGCCGGAGUGUAAAUUUGAUAAUUCGAGGAGUAGUGCUGUUUUUUAUUGGAGUAUUUCUGGCAUUAGUGUUAAAUUUACUUCAGAUUCAGAGAAAUGUGACACUUUUUCCACCUGAUGUGAUUGCAAGCAUCUUUUCUUCCGCAUGGUGGGUACCACCGUGCUGUGGCACAGCUUCAGCUGUGAUUGGGUUAUUAUACCCCUGCAUUGACAGGCACCUAGGAGAACCACAUAAAUUUAAAAGAGAGUGGUCCAGUGUAAUGCGGUGCGUAGCCGUCUUUGUUGGUAUAAAUCAUGCCAGCGCUAAAGUGGACUUUGAUAACAACAUACAGUUGUCUCUCACCCUGGCUGCACUAUCCAUUGGACUGUGGUGGACUUUUGAUAGAUCUAGAACUGGUUUUGGUCUUGGAGUAGGAAUUGCUUUCUUGGCAACCCUGGUCACUCAACUGCUAGUCUAUAAUGGUGUUUAUCAAUAUACAUCUCCAGAUUUUCUCUAUGUUCGCUCUUGGUUACCAUGUAUAUUUUUUGCUGGAGGCAUAACAAUGGGAAACAUUGGUCGACAACUGGCAAUGUAUGAAUGUAAAGUUAUCGCAGAAAAAUCUCAUCAGGAAUGAAGAAGGCAAAAAUAUAUUUUUUGUACAGAAAAACAAGAUGAAAAGGGCAUGUAAAUGAUAAAUAUACCAAUGAAACUAUGGACUAUAAAAUUGCCAGGAUGCAGUUUUUACCUUGAUUGUUAUAUAUAUAGAUAUAUAUAUAUCUAUCUAGAUAUAUAUAUACACAUAUACACACACACAUUACUGCAAUCUGUGAUUGCUCCAUCUGUAAAUCAGCUACAAAUCUUUAUGUAUUUGAUUUAAAUAACUGUAAAAUAUAUGUGCACUACAUUAAAAGUGUUGAUUAAUAGAUGAAAAUUUUAAAUUAAUUUUUUAAACAUACCAUAUAUUGUAUCACAAUGUUAAUGUGCCAAAAUAUUUUGUUACUGUCAUGCAGAAUAUAGGAAUGCUUUGAACAACUUAUAAACUUACUGUAAUAAAAUAAGAGGAAAGCCAAAAAGAAGCAAAUGGAAAGCUGGUAUGUUCUCUUUCGCUUACUGUUGUGCCCGUUUAUUUUUCUAAUCACAGCAGUAUGAGCUAUGGGUGCCCUAGUGUGUAGUUACUUUCUCUAGGGUGGGCAAAAGUAGGUUUACAGUUGUUUGUAUGGAAAAUAAUACAAUAAUUAAUAAAUAAUAAUACAAGAGUAAA